AUCUAGCUGAGCUCAAGUUUGCAUACAUAAUCCAUAGCCAGAUAAGUGUUGAGCAGACGUCGGGUCGAGUGCGUCGUUUACGUUUUUAAAUUCUAAUCCAAAUAAAAAAAAUGGCCAGUGCUAAAAGUAUUAAAGUCAUCUACUUUGAUAUCACCGGGCGAGCUGAGAUUCUUCGUCUCCUGUUGAAUUUUGUGGGCAAAGAGUUUGAAGAUGUCAGGCUUGCCAGAGACAAAUGGCCUGAAAUCAAACCAACAACACCUUUCGGCCAGGUCCCAGCUAUGGAAGUAGAUGGGGAAAUGUUUGCCCAGUCCAACGCCAUGGCUAACUAUUUAGCUCGGGAGUUUAACCUGUACGGCAAGACAAACAGAGACGCACUGAGGAUCGACACAGUCUCCAAUCUUACAGAAGAUCUGAUUCAAGCUUUCGCUAAAUCCUUCCGUGAACAGGAUCCUGUUAAGAAGGAAGAAAUUCUGAAAGAGGUUAAAACCGAAGCCGGCCCACGAUUUCUCGGCUUCUUUGAAAAACUAUUGAAAGAAAAUGGCACCGGGUAUUUCGUAGGCGACAGCAUCACUCUUGCUGACCUUGUACUGUUUGACAUUUGCACUGGUUUCCUCAAGGUCACAGUUGAAGAUUCAAUCGCCAACUUCCCAUUGGUGAAGAAACUUGUUGAGACAGUGGGAGAGCAGGAGAACAUCAAGAAAUAUGUUGCUGCUAGAAGUGCCUAAAUCUGUUCAUAACUUGACAGUUUUAUUUAUAAAUCGAUUCACAUACUUGAUUGUUGCAAGAGCAACAUUUUUAUGUAUUGUUCUAGUUCAAAGCUUGAUUAAUUAGAGAUUUUUUUUUUCUUUUCCUUAUUGCUUAUUAAUGAGCACUAGGUACAAAAAGCUAGCUGGCAAAGUAUCUGACCUGUCAUUCAACCAGUUGUCAGUAUUUUGCAGAAAUUAUGACAGUACUAUGACAGUUUUAUAAUAAAUGUAAUCAAUAUUU